AUGUCAAUCGAAAAUCUCAAGACCUUCGACCCCUUCGCCGAAGCCGACGAAGACACAGGAGAAACCAAGCAGUCGCAGAAUUACAUACACAUUCGUAUUCAGCAGCGCAAUGGUCGUAAGACUCUGACGACUGUCCAAGGUCUGCCAAAGAAAUUUGACCAGAAGAAGAUCCUGAAGGUCAUCAAGAAGAAGUUCGCUUGCAAUGGCACCAUCGUGGUCGAUAGUGAAAUGGGAGAGGUGAUUCAGCUCCAGGGUGAUCAGCGCAAAGAUGUCCAGGAGUUCCUCACCGACAAGAAGGAGGGUUUGGAGCUUGAUGCCAAGACCAUUAAGGUAAAUCUUGUUGCACUACAAUCCCCCACCCCUGGCUAA